GACAUCGGCCGGCGGCGGCUCCGACGACGACUGGGAGGCUGGGAGGGCCUCCGGGGCUGCCGGCCAGGCCGCUGAGAGCUGCUGUCAUGGCGGCCGCUCUUUGGGGCUUCUUUUCCGUCCUUCUGCUGUUGCUAUCAGGGGAUGCCCAGAGUUCGGAGCUGCCUGGGGCUACUGCCGAUGGGUCAGGCGGGAUUGGGGUCGGCAUAGGAGAUCGCUUCAAGAUUGAGGGACGGGCGGUUGUUCCAGGAGUGAAGCCCCAGGACUGGAUCUCGGCGGCCCGAGUGCUGGUAGACGGAGAAGAGCAUGUCGGAUUCCUUAAGACAGAUGGGAGUUUUGUGGUUCAUGACAUACCUUCUGGAUCUUAUGUAGUGGAAGUUAUAUCUCCAGCUUACAGGUUUGAUCCUGUCCGAGUAGAUAUCACCUCAAAAGGAAAAAUGAGAGCAAGAUAUGUGAAUUACAUCAAAACAUCAGAAGUGGUCAGACUGCCCUAUCCUCUCCAAAUGAAAUCUUCAGGCCCACCUUCUUACUUCAUUAAAAGGGAAUCAUGGGGCUGGACAGACUUUCUAAUGAACCCAAUGGUUAUGAUGAUGGUUCUUCCAUUAUUGAUAUUUGUGCUUCUGCCCAAAGUGGUCAAUACAAGUGAUCCUGACAUGAGACGGGAGAUGGAACAGUCAAUGAAUAUGCUGAAUUCCAACCAUGAAUUGCCUGAUGUUUCUGAGUUCAUGACAAGACUUUUCUCUUCAAAAUCUUCUGGCAAGUCUAGCAGCGGCAGCAGUAAAACAGGCAAAAGUGGGGCUGGCAAAAGGAGGUAGUUGGACAGUCGGAGAUAGCGUUUGCGCAAACACGGAUCACUGGGUGGCAUCCAAGUCUUGAGGGGAAACUGUGUGAAGCAACUACUGUAAACUUGAGUCAUCCUUAAAGUUGAUCUCUUACACCUGUCGUGUGUGGUAACUCUUUAGCACGUGUUUUGUACUUGGUACACAAGAAAACCCAGCUUUCAUCUUUUGUCUGUAUGAGGUCAAUAUUGAUGUCACUGAAUUAAUUACAGUGUCCUAUAGAAAAUGACAUUAAUAAAUUAUAUGAAGUACUAUACAUUAUGUAAAUUAAAAUGUCUUACUCCAGAGAUAAAAUGAUCUUGUCAUUUCUUUUUCACUUAAUGUUUCUUUUAUUCCAGACAGUUUUCUUCUUUCAUUAUAUGAGGCUUGAAAUUGACCUUUCCUACUUAAAAAGAAGUGGUUGAUAUUUUUAGAGCCGCAUGCGCAUAGUUUUUUGUGUAGUCAGACCUUUCACAGUCGUCAGCCCUGCCCUGCAUUUAACAUUCCCCGAUGUUUGAGGUGGAACCAUAUGUUCCUGAUGUAGUUUUAAUUUUUGGUAGUACAGUUAGUUUUAGAGUAUGGAUAUAUGAAUGAGAGCAGUUGUUACCAGUUCUUAAGUUUCGGUUACCAUCUAUGGGAUUCAGUACUGAGUGUCAGUAAUGUGCUGUGCUUCAAGGUCGGAUUCAGAGAUGGAUAAUGUCCAGUGCCUGUCCUCCCUAGAGCUGAUUAUGUGGGGAGGAAGCACAGUAAUAACGGGGAAUGAAUGGUCAGGGGAAGGAAGUACAGCAGUAGGAGAGCCUUCUUGAGACUAAGGAUGGAAAAUCAACCUUGGAGCUCCAUGUUGUAAUGUUGAUAGUAUAGCACAGGGAGCUUUUAAAUCCCCUCAUCUCUCCCAUCAUUCUCAGACUUGUUGGAAUAUAGAUUACAUUACUUUCCAAUCAGGAUUAUCUCAAAAACUUUUUAUUUCAAUAAGUUAUAAAAACUUCAUACCUUUUCUUUUGGUUGAUUUUAAUUAAAAACGAACUCUGAAACUAUAGUACUGCUUUUCUAGUAAAGGUCUCCUAUCCUCUUCCAUGUUAAAGAACUCCCCUGUUGCUUUCUUAAGGUUAUUAAACCUGCCAAAAAUAACAAAAAAGGUGAUUCCAAACUCUUAUUUUCCCUUUCGUGUAGGUACUAUUGUUCAUUUUGAAAUGAGGCUCAUAAGUUUUCUUUUAAAGAUGUAAGUUAUGAUACUGGACAUUUUAUUAACUUUAUCUCUGUUUGUUAAUUAUAUGCUAACGUUACCAAACUGGUUGAGCUAUGAAUGAUUAAGGUAGGUAAACUGGUUAAUGGCAGAACUAAGUAGAUCUUUGAAAAUAGAGUCGUUUAUUGAAAAUAACUAAAAUAUUAGAAUGAAAGUUGCAAUUUAAAGGAAACAGAAUAUAGUGAGAGUCUUAGUUGUAUGAAAUCAUCUUGAUUUCAAAAUUUGAAUUGUCAAAAUUUGCACGUAGAAUACCUAAUGACUAAAAAAGUAGAAAGCACUUCCAAGGAAAUUAUCAUUUCAUGCGUUAAUUAAGAAACUUUGUGGUUAUUUUAUAUAGGUUCUAAAACCAUCUAAGUAUAAAAUAUAGACAUCUCUUCAUAUUACAGAAUGUUUUUAUAUCGGUUGUAUAUGAAAAUCUUAUCUUUGCAUAGAACCUUCAUCAAAGGCUUAGUGUACUUACAGAUGCAGAAAUGAUUGUAUUAUAUCA